UAUCGAGUCAUUUUGUUUACUCACAACGCUCGCGUAAGACGGCGAUCAAAACAAAAACAAUAUUCUCAUAAUGUGUUUACAUUGUUCGGUGAACAGACGUGAUUAAAUGUGUAAUAAUUGUAAUUCGAAUUAAAUAUUUUUAAAUAAUGGAUAGAAUCGGUUCGAGAGGAUGUAACGUCAGCAGCUUGGACACCAUGUACACAGAUUUUGACGGCUGGACCAGAAGAUUUACACAGAUGUAUAGAAGGUCGACACAUUUCCCCGCAGAAACUAGAACGACCAUAGACAAAGCGGAAUGCAUCGACAACCGAUUAAUAUUACUUAAUAUCCAUAAUAUUUUAUUGAAUGGACCGAAGAAGCCGCAUAACGAAAUAUAUUCAAAUGAUUAUUUAUACCACACCGUAUUCAGAUUUGUAAAUGACAAUCAAAAGAAAGUAUACAUAUGUAAAUUGUGUCUUUUUGUUUUUCUUUCAUCUCAUUUUUAAACAGUGUCAUUUUGA